AGUUUAUAUAGCCCAUCAGAUAGGCCCACAAGUUUUGUGCAUAAUAAUAUAGAUCUCUCUGAAAGUCGAUCUCCUUCCUCUCUCUCUCGCUCAAUGUCGUUGAAACUCAACACCCGAAUUUUGGCGGCGCCAUCUCUGUUCCCAAAUUCGAACCCAAGAGGACCCACCGAGAUUCGAUUCUCCAACAGAUGGGGCAAAGCUAACGCCGAUCUCCUCUCUCUCUCUCUCUUGAAUCAACGUUGCAGAAGGGAUCAAAUUCGUUGUUGCGAGAAGGCAGGAGGAGGAGGAGGAGGAGGAGGAGGAGGAGGUGAUGUGUCAAAAAAAACGGGAGUGUGGUGGGACUUGAACACGUGUCCUCUUCCGGCUGGUUUUGACCCUCGUUGGGUCCGUCCGUGUAUAGAAUCUGCCGUGGAGGAGGAGAUUGGUUUUCGUACUGAAGUCACCAUCUAUGCCAUGGGCAACCUAGAAUACAUCUCUAUUGACCUCUUGGAAAAGAUCUCUUCCUCUGGGAUCAUUCUUACUCACUCCCCCUGCGAUUGUAUAGCAAAAAACCCCAAAGGCUUAAUGUUAUUUAUGGACGACUGGUUUGAUGAUGACUUUAGCAACCGACAUCCUCCGGGUUACGUAAUGAUCAUCUCGGGUGAUCAGAAAAUACUUGAUCCUUGGCGUUUUCGGAGUUUUGGGCACACUACUUUUGUUGCAUUUCCAAAAGGUGUUCGCCUACUUGCACCUCAUGCCGAACUAAAAUUUAUUGGCGAACUGUUUGAGUACGUGUUUGCCAAACAGUUUGUCUGGGAAACUUUAUUGACUGAUAAUUUGGCUCAAGAAACUUUAUUAUACACAUGUGAUUACGAACCUCACUGCAUUUGCUACAUAUGCGAUGAUGUAUACGAAGUAUGUGACGAAUUCAUCACUCAUCUCAAGAGUGAAGAGCACAGAAAAGAGUUGUUUCUACUUCAAGAAGAGGAAAGAUGCCAUCUUUUGAAACAUUUGGAAGAAGAAGAAAUCUCUUUGAUUGAGGCGGAAAACAAGAAGAGGCAAGAAGCUGCAUCCGCACGGGGUCUUUGUGUUAAAGAGUUUACUGACUGGAAAUAAAUGGGAACCCUUGUCUUUUUUCUCCUAUUUCAUGUAGCAUAUCAAUAUGUUUCCAUGUAUGAUUGCUUUAUGAGCCUAAUAAUAUUUCUUAAAACUUGAGUUUGAGUAAUAAGUUACAAGUGAUUUACAACUAUAA